AAAAUCCAUCAAAGAAGAAGAACAAAAGCCCGCACGUUCUUACUGCGUAGAGCAUCUUGUUUCCCGACACACGGAGGAAUCUCAACAUGGCAGAUGUUUCAAACCCCGAAGAAGAGAUGAAACAAGAGGAGACCGAAGCGUCCGUUCCGUCCGAAACCGACGAGACUUCUCAGGAAACACCGAACGGCGUAAAAACGGACGAGGAGAAUAAAGACGCCCAAGAAAAGCACGAGUCCAAGGACAAGUCCUCCUCCAACAAAAGAGGARCCCGCUUCCACCCCUACAAAGACAAACAUGGAGGAGAGAAGAAGAGCGGUCACAGGAACCGAGUGUUCAUCAGUAACAUUCCCUACGACAUGAAGUGGCAGGCCAUCAAAGAUCUGAUGCGUGAGAAAGUCGGUGAGGUUACAUACGUGGAGCUCUUUAAGGAUGCAGAAGGAAAGUCAAGGGGCUGUGGUGUGGUGGAGUUUAAAGAUGAAGAGUUUGUGAAGAAGGCCGUGUCCACCAUGAAUAAAUACGACCUGAACGGAAGACCCCUCAACAUCAAGGAGGACCCUGAUGGUGAACACGCUCGGCGUGCGCUGCAGCGCGUGGGAGGAGUUCAGCAGAGUGGGCGGGGUCAGGACCUGGGCCCAGGUGGGAUGAACGUCCCGCCCUCCAUCGCCAACAACCCCAACAUCCCCCCGGAGGUCAUCCACGCCCUGCAGGCCGGGCGGCUGGGCAACACGGUGUUCGUGGCUAACCUGGACUUUAAGGUGGGCUGGAAGAAGCUGAAGGAGGUGUUCGGCAUGGCGGGGGUGGUGAAACGAGCAGACGUGAAGGAGGAUAAGGAUGGGAAGAGUCGUGGGAUGGGAACAGUGACGUUUGAGCAGCCGCUGGAGGCAGUUCAGGCCAUCUCCAUGUUCAACGGACAGAUGCUGUUUGACCGGCAGAUGCAUGUUAAAAUUGAUGAAAAAUCUCUUCCUGUUGAAGAUUUCCGCCAAGUAGAAAAAUCUCCUCAGUUACCACGUGGUCUGGGUGGUAUCGGGAUGGGUCUGGGUCCAGGAGGCCAGCCUAUAAACGCCAACCGUCUGAGUGGGGCGGGGGGAAUGGGCUCCAUGGGACCUGCAGCUGUCCUACGACCUGACGUGGCAGAAGCUGAAGGAGAAGUUCAGUCACUGUGGUCAGGUGAUGUUUGCAGAAAUCAAAAUGGAGAACGGCAAGUCGAAGGGAUGUGGAACGGUCCGCUUCGACUGUGCCGAGAGCGCGGAGAAGGCCUGCAGGAUGAUGAACGGAACCAAGAUCAACGGGCGAGAGGUGGACGUCCGCAUCGACCGCAACGCCUGAAGGUUCAGCUCAGAGAACACUACGAGCUUCAUUUUUGUUUUGUUUUAAAAACACAGUCCUUCUGACCCUCAGACAACUCUCCUUGUUUUUAUCUACUGCUUCUCUGUUUUAUUUUGGAUUUAUAAACCCGUUAUCAUUUGUCAGGCAGUGUAUUUGAAGAAAUAAACUUUUUAAUUUUUAAACUCUGCUUAUUAAGAGCUGA